AUGACGGACCUGGCCGAGAGUUUGCUCCAGGACCUCGCAAUCCACGACAAGAAACCACAUGUUAGUGUUGAUUCGGCCUCGGAGGCAUCACAUUCAGGGAGUGGAAGUCGACCUUCAUCUAGUCAAAAGGCGCAUUCGAUAGGCUCGUCUUCGACCGCAACUCAAGCCAAUGUGACUAAAGUGAGUUUGUUUUUGUGGCUUUGUUGUUUUGCUUUUAGGAGAAGCGAGUUGGAAGAGGAAUUUGAGAGGUUUCUUUAGCUAGUCUUUGUAUCUCAAGGAUAAUGUCAUAAACAAUAUUCUGAUGAGGUAUUUGACCAGGACCCCUUUUUAUUAUAAUUUUUGAACGGGGUAGAUACGAUUUAUACUUGUUUAAGUGAAGAAAAUCCUUAAAAUCCAACUUAAAAUCCAUUUUCUAUAUCAGCCGUACCUAGUGCAAUAUAUUGAUGUCAAAAACCGCUCUAAUUCCGCAAUUUUCAGGUCUACUAUCAUGUGGACGAUGAGCCCAUUGCAUAUAUGACGGAAGUGCGUGUCCCAUCCGAUCGGAUAACUCUUGGCGACUUCAAAAGAGUCCUCAACAGGUCCAACUUCAAAUAUUAUUGUAAAGCCGUGGAUCCGGCGGUUGGAGCGUACGUUUUUCUUUUAUAUUUUCUUCUAAAUUUAGUGGCCAAACCUUCUAUUCCUUCAUAACGACGUUUUAGUGAGGUGAAAUGCGAGAUUCGAGACGAUGAUCAUGUUCUGCAAAGGUCCUCCAAUGGCCAUUUCGAGUUGUUUUUGUUGACGACGGAGGGUUCCACUCAUUCCGAUGGUGGGUCCACGACGUUCUCAAAGCCCUACAGACAUGGUGUGCCUGGUCCAGCGCCGAAUUAUCCCUCUAGCAGCAGUCAUUUGUACAGGCCGAAGAAUUACUAUGAAUUUGGUGAGUUUUUUUGAAUUUUCAUUGUGGAAAAGGGGAAAAUAUUGGGAAUGAUGGUGAUUAAAAGGUGUAAAAAGGUGUGGGAUUUUAUUCAGAAGGCAUUUUAUAUCUAGAUUUGGCGAAAAAAUUUGAGAUUUUUAUAUUUUUAUGUGGCUUUAUACUUAAAAUAAGGUAAAAUAUCGGUUUUUAUCGAUAUUUUUGGUUAAAUUCCGUUUGAAUUGGAUGAAAUAAGGUGUAAAAUACGAUAUGCUGCGAUUUGUUGUCUGGUUGAACCCUAAAAAAACUGAAAUACGGUACCAAAAAUUAAUUGGACUUGAUUCCCCUCACCUGCUGAUUAGCCGGCUUGGAGAUCGUGAUUAAUCCCCCUUUUAACAAGUGGUUUCUCUCUGCUUCCCUUCAAGGCACAUCCGGAAUCAAUCACCCGCACCGGCGUGAUUGAUAUCGCAGACCUUGAGGCACUUUUUCCCCACCGGCCGUUCGACAAUUGGCCCCCGAAAAAGAAACAAAGAAAAUCUGUGCCCGGAGGGCCUUUGAUCAGUGCAAAGGUGAAAUUAAUUAGCCAGUUGGGCUACGGCCCCCUUCGGAUAAAGAUGUUUUUUUGAAGCCUAGUUGGGGAUUUUAUUUGGAGGGGUUUUGGAUAUUAUAGUAGGUCAGCAGGUGGAAUUUGGCGUUUGAACGGGGAUUUAGGUAAUUUUAUGGUGUGAAAGGAAUUUUUGUGAGCUUUUGAGAGCCCUGGCCUUGAUUUGCGAUAAAAAUUUUUGGUAUUUGAGAGAAUUUUUGGAUAUUAUACUUGGUCAAGGUAUAAAUUUUGUGCUGGAAAUAGGAUCAAAGUAUAAUAUUAUUGUAGAGAAUGAGUUUUUAUGGGCUUUUCAGAGUUGAUUUUUCUAUAUGAGUGCAGAUUUUUGGACUUGAGAUUAAUUUUUGGAUAUUAUAUUAUACUAGAUUAGCAGGUUUUUUUUGAUUGAAAAUUUGAGCUUUGGUCAUCUCUUUUGUCAUAUUGAAUAUUUUGAUUACCUUUUCGAAUGAUUAGAAUACUUGUGACAUUUAAAUUUAUUACUUUUCAGCGAAUUUUGCCCUUAUUUUAGGUAAAUUCUUUAAUUUUUUCCUUAAAUUUCCCUCGACCAAAAGUUUAACGGCUCUUAAAAUAUCCCAAAUGGCGUUAUCUCUCUUCAAACUGGCGUAUAUAUAUAAAAAUGCAAUAAAAAGUUUUGGGAUUUCCCGGAUUUUGGAAUGCUUUUUAUCCGUUCCCCGGGCCCUCAGGCACAAGCCGAAAAAACAAGAAAAGUUAUGGGUUUUUAUAACGUUUUAUUGUUUGAGGAUUUAUGUCAUACAAAUCUUUCAAAAACGAGCAUUUCAAAGCCUUCUCGGAGAAUGUUUUUUGAGGACUAAAUUUUUUGAUUUUUUAAGCAGCUUUAUGCGAUUUUUUGGCGGAUUUGAUUAUAAAUUUCGUAAAAUAGGAGGCUGCAAUUUUUUUAAAGGCUUUUUUGAGUUGUAAAAUACGAAUUUUGUUAUUAUUUGUCUUGAAAAAAAUAUAUUUUUUUGCGGUAAAACUGAAUUUUUUAAAAGUUUUUACGUCUAAAAUACGAUUAUUAAGCAAUUUUUUGAAAUCUACGCAACUUUUAAAAGUGUAAAAUACGAUGUUGAUUAUUUGUUUUUUUUUCUCGAGAAAUUUUUUUUGGAUUAAAAAAAAUUUUUUUUGCAAUAUUAAGGUUACGUUAAGUCCCCAAAAAUCACCUCAAAUGUCUCAAAAAGACAACAAUUUCCUGGCGAAGCUGAGCCGAAUCCGCUUCCUGGCCGAGCGCCCCACCUCCACCAGCUUUACGUUCGGCAAAGCCCCGAAGCGCUCCGAUUCGGAUAAUUCGGCCAAAACUUUACUCCCCCCGAAAACUUCAUGGCUCCCGAAACAGGUGCACAACACCAAAUCGGCGCAGGAAUUGCCGUCGUUGCGGUCGCUGAAGUGGCCCACGUCGCUGCUGAAACGCCUCGGCUCCAAAAAUGAAUGCAUCCGAAUGGAGACAAUGUCCGAUGUCGGCGUCCCGAAAUUACAUCGGACUAAACAUGAGACAGUGUUGAAAGUGGAACAGAGUAGGGGAAAUGAAGAGAACGGGAGAUUUUUGGGGAUUUUUUGGGGAAAAAUGUUAUUUUAGGUAUGAAAAUUGGGAAAAUCGAAAUUUUUAGGUCUAAAAACGUUUAAUAUGUUGAUUUUCAAGGGUGAAAAAUAAGGUAAUGAUGAUUUGUAUAUAUAAAAAUGCCGGUGGCAGAUAUUUUUUGAGAGAAAAGUCAAGAAAUUUGAGGAUUUUUGGGGAAAAACUGAAAAAUUUCAAAAAUUUUUGAAAAAUAGAAAGAUUUAUUUUGAAAAUGACUCGAAAAAUAACUCAAAAAUAUUUCAGGCUCCUACCGACGACCCUUUGAAGAAUCGACAGUGUAUACGGAGUCAGAAGCACGCGUAUAUUCCGAUGACGAAUCGCAGUAAGUGUAGACUUUGAGAUUUUUUGAAAUUUUGGGUUGAAAAAGAGAUUGGAUGGACUAAAAAUGGAUUAUAAUAGACAAAGAGAAGUGUAAAUUAUAUUAUAAACGUCUUUUUUGGGGAAAAAUUUUAGCUAAAAAUAUUGUACUAGACAAAAAUUUCAUUUUUUGGUGAUUUUUGAAAUUUUUUUUGAAUUUUGGUGGUAAGUAUUGGUAAAAAUUGAUGGUAUUUGAGUUGAUUAAGUGGUUUAUGGUCUGUGAAAUCUUUUUUUGGGCUUUUGACAUGCUAAAAUUUUGCUUUACAACUAGAUUUUUUAAAUUUUUUACCUAAAAAUUGAUGUAUUUCAAAAAAAUUUUUUUUUUGAAUUAUGAUUUUGGGUUCGAUUUAAAAACGCAAUCUGUCGUCCUAAACCCCCUCUCUCUCGCCUUUUCCCUUCCCUUUCACCCCUCCAAAUUGGUCCUCGAAGCCGUCUUGGCCCCGUAUUUCAUUGUCCUCGUGUCCCUUCUUCUCCCCUGCGAUUGAUGGAUGACACUUUUUUCUGGAGUCGUUUUGCGCGCAAGAAGAUGUUUCGGCCCGCUCAUGAGCACACAUUUUCCAAAUUCCGGGCAUUUUUAUUCCUAAUUUCUGAAAAUAUUUGAGUAUUUUUCUAUUUUUGGCUAUAAAAUUGAAGCUUUUUUUUGGAAAAUUUUGGUAUUAGAUGAAGAUGCUUGAUUAUCUGUCGGAUUCGGAGGAUGACAGACCGUCAAGUCCGUCUUGUAUAAGCAGCACCAACUGGAGCAAUAGAUUAGCGAGAUCCGACCCGGAGUAAGGGAUUUUUGGGAUUUUUUUAGAGGUUUUUGAUGACUAGACCAAAUUUUGGGUGGAUUUUUGGUGGUAGAAAAGAAGAAUAAGGUGUGUUAGAGUGUAAAAUAUUGAUGAAAUAAUGCAGUUUUAAAAUACGCCUAUCCUUUAUGUCUUUUUAUUUGUAAAACCCGGAGUUUAACUCGACUUUAGCGAAUUUUUGAGGAGUUUUUGAAGAUUCGAAGUGAUUUUUAUACAAUUUUGGUGCUAGAAAAGUACAGCGAAGUGUGAUAAAGGGGCAGGAAGUGAUUUAUCGAUGUCAUUUUAAAAUACGUCGACACUACUUGUGUGUUUUAUGAAACGGGCAGUACAGUGGCGGACCAGAUCCAGUAGCAAAAAACGUACCAUUUUGCAUCCGGGAAGUAUAAAAAAUGCAGCAAAAUACCUCCCUUUCCAAGUGGAAAGACUCUUAUUUGAAAGGGAUGUCCGCUAUUUUUGUGAGACGCUUUUUAAAACGGAGUUUUUUAGUUGGAAAGGGAGGUAUUUUGCUGCGCUUUUGAUACUUCCCGGAUGCAAAACGGUACGCUUUUUGCCACUGGAUCAGGUACACCACUGUACUGCCCGUUUCAUAAGAAACACAAGUUACACAUCGUUGACCUAUUUUAGAAUGACAUUGCUAAAUCACUUCCUACCCCUUUAUCACACAUUGCUGUACUUUUCUAGCCCCAAAAUUGUAUAAAAAUCACUUCAAAUCUUCAAAAACUCCUCAAAAAUUCGCUAAAGUCGAGUUAAACUCUGGGUUUUACAAAUAAAAAGAUAUGUUGGGCGUAUUUUAAAAUUCCAUUAUUUUAUCAAUAGCUGACACUCUGUAUGCUGAAUUUUGAGGAAAAAUUGAUUUUUUGUUGUUUGAAAGUGAAGUUAAGCGAUGAAAAUGUGUUGACAGUGGGUUAAAAGGUCUAAUAGUAAAGUAUGCGGCGUUUACAGACGGUAAAAAAUAAAAAAAAUUUUUUAGAAUUUUUUAGCCUUACCGUAGCCUUUUCAUUUGCCGAUUAAAGCGUUGAAAAAGUGCUGAAAAUGUUAUGAAAAGUGAUGUAAAAUACGACAUCUCUCGAGGUCCAUUUAGAAGGAUACUCAAAUUAAUGAUACAAUAAUUUCGCCAUAAAAUAAAGAAAAAAUCAAAAAUUUUCAGUUUUUUCCUCAACUUUUUGAAAAAAUUAUAAAAACUUUUCGGUUUUAGCGUUUCCACCUCCACCGAUAAUGUCACGUCGGUCUCGCGCCAGCCCCACAACUACUACCGACGCCGGCAACAUCGCCGGUUCCGACGCCAACCCUCGCGCGCAUCCACAAUGUCCUCCAUGACCGAGACCUCAAUGUCGCUUCAAGUUAUGCACGUCCGUCUCAACAUGGACACGGUGAAAUUCCUCGGAAUUACAGUGGUGGGACAGUCCAGUGCCAGGGGAGACAAUGGGAUUUAUGUGGCGCAUGUGAUGCCCGGAGGCGCUGUUGCUUUGGACGGAAGAAUCGAAAUUGGCGACAUGAUUUUGGAGGUGAAUGAUGUGUCACUGGAGAAAAUGACAAAUGAUGAGGCCGUGGAAUUCCUCAGAGAAGCUGUUACGACCAAAGGGUAAAGAUUUUUGCGGCGGAUUUGGGGACUUUUGAAGUUUGGUAGGGCGCAGCUCGCGGAGGGAAAAAUGGAUAUUAUAGGCGCAAAUUUUAUAAAAAAUGUUGUAGAUUGAGCUGGAGUAGUUUGAGAAUGAAAUUUAUUGUUUGUUUUGUCGAAAUUUGAGGAUUUUUGCCAGUACCCAGGGCGCAGCUCGCCAAGGUAAAAAUCGGGAUUUUGAAAGAUGAAAGGGUCAGGUUUAGAUGAAAUAUAGUUAAAUUGAAAGAUUAUGGCGAUUUAUUAGCCAUUUUUUUUAAAUUCUGAUCUAUUCCUAGGGCGCAGCUCGCCAAAUAAAAAUCGGUAUUUUGAAAGAUAAAAGGGUCAGAGUUACAUGAAAUGGGGUAAAAUUGAAAGAUUAUGACCAUUGAUUAGCCAUUUUUUAAAAUUAUGAUCUAUGCCUAGGGCGCAGCUCGCCAAAUAAAAAAGUGAUUUUUGGCGUUUUUUAAUUUUAUUUUUUUUGAAUUUUUGGACUUUCUAUUUGUUUGUCUAACGUUUUACCAACAUUUCAGCCCCAUCAAGCUUACAGUCGCGAAAUGCGUGGACUCGAACCGCGCCAAUUUCCUGGUCUCGUCCCGAGAACCGGUCCGCCCAAUCGACACCCGCGCCUGGGUCCAACACACCAACGCCAUGAUCGGAAUGCCGAUGAACUCGAUCCCCGAAUCCGCGGAAGAGGCCCCAACCCCGAUUCCCGGCCAAUACCCCCAAAACAACUCGCACCCGGUGUUCUGUCGCCCCCAAUCCAGUUCCACGGCCACUUCGAACGGAAGUGGCGGCCCCAAAAAUACGGUGGUUGGAAUACCGGGCGCCUACUUUGCCCUCCCACCGAGGCUGGACUUGUCCACGGACAAGAAGAUUGUCGCCAAAGCAAUGGCAAUGCCGAACUCGGGUCUGGAAGUGCGGAAUAGAACUUGGCUCAAAAUCCCCGUGCCGAUGAGCUUUUUAGGUAAGGAAAAUGGAGAUUUGGAAUGUAUUUGAGGUCUGGUUUAAGGGAAAAAUGUUUUAGGAAGUAUUGCGAAGUUUUGAAAUUUAGUCAGGGCGCAGCUCGCGAAAAAUUUUUGGCGAUUUUAUGGGUUUUGUUGAUCGGAAAUAAAAAUUUUUGAUGAGAAAGAGAUAGAAAAGUAAUUUAAGGGUUUUUUAGAAUGGCUAUGACUAUUUUUUUGAUUUUAUUUAGCAACUUUUGUCCUUUUUGUUACCUAAAAUUUUGAAAUUUUAGGCUCCGCUCUUCUCGAUUGGAUCCACGAACACGUGGAAGGCAUUCGCGACCGAAAAGAAGCCCGUAAAUACGCUUCGGAACUCCUCAAAGACCGGCUGAUUGCUCAUGUGGUGAAUAAAUCCUCAUUCACGGAACAAUGCUACUAUGUUUUCGGAGAGGACUGCCAAGAAAUCCUAAAACUUCGAAAUGAAGAUGGUACCCCACGAACGGACCUCAUGCCUCAGCCCCCAAUGCAUCCACCGAAGCCCAUCCCCGGCCACAGCGCUUUCGGCUGGACACAGGCUAGAUCAACGGUAAGGAUUUGGAUUACGGUAGUGCGGGAAAUGGAUAUGGUAGAAGUUUUUGAAAUGGAAGGGAUUUUGGGAAAAUUAGAAAGUGGAGAUUUUGGAUUUUGACUUGAAAUGAGGUUUAGAAGAGGGUAGAUGAUUUUUUGAAAAGUUUGGGUUACGGUAAUCGAAGUUGGGAUACGGUAGAAUUGUUGGAAUUGAGCGGAUAAAUGAAGAGUUUAGGUUAUAAAAAUUGUAUAUUAGGGCUUUAUAUGAGCCUGAGUAUAGAGUAUGACCAUUUUUGAAAUUUUUUUUUGGGUUACGGUAGUCGAUUUUUUACUGUAGAAAAUUUUAAAAUUUCUGGAAAAUAUAGGUAAAUUUGGUCGUUAAAAUAUCGGAUAGACUGGUAAAUACUAUUUGAAUAGUGAAUUGAGUGUUUUAAGGAAUUUUUUUUUUGCGUUGUGCUAGUAUAAUUUUUGUGUCGAAGUAAUAAAAUUUUGAGAAAUCGGAGAUUUUUGACAAGUUUUUUUAUAUAAAAUAAGUUUGAAACUGAAGAAAAUAUGUUUUCAGGGUGAUUACGCCUCAAUGCCAGUCUCGCCGUACCCAGGGAAUGGCCCAUUCAUCCCCACGAACUCCUUGAAUCAGCCCCUGAACAAACAUGGAGACAUCCAUAGCCAGGCCAGCGGAAAUUCGAAUGAUGGAUCGAGUUCCUCGGAUCAGAGGAGAAAGUAAGUGAUAAUUAGAUGGUUAAGAGUCCUAGGAAUGUUUGAAAAAUUUUUUGGGGGGCGAUGUUAGAGAAAUUUGGAUAUUAUUUUAGGUAUUUUGUGGGUAAAGUUGGUCAGAAAAGUUGUGAAAACGUAAUUUUUUGGUGUAAAAAUUGUUGUAGAAAUUCUUGAAGGAGUCUAGGUUUUGAUUUGAGUUAUCUGCCAUUUUUUGUUUUCUUUUUAGGACCGAUUUUUUUUUGAUGAUUGCACGGUGCGGCGAGAAAUUUUUGUCUUUGCACUGUGCAGAUUUUUAGAGUUGAAGUUAAUGUAAAAUGUUUGCUUCUAUGAGGUGUAAAAUUAAAUUUUUGAGUUCUGGAGAGAAUUUGAGAUGGUUAUUUUGCGAUUUGAAGACCUAAAAUACGAUUUUUCUUUUUUGAAAUUAAAAUUUUUUUUUAAUUUUUGAAAUUUGCAAAAUUUUUAGUGAAGCAAGAUUAAAUGAGAGGUAUAGAGAGAUUUUUUUGACAGUUAUUGAGGGGUUUUGACGUCUAAAAUAAAAAUUUUUACUCGAGUUUUGAUUUUUUUUUUUUAUUUUUUUUUCAUUUUUUAAAAAUUUUUUUGAUGAUUUUUUUUGAAUAAUAUCCUUAUCGUUUCAGACCCCUACUCCCGGCCGCACCACCCCUCCCAAUGGGCCUGAACCCCCUCUAUCAGCAGGGUCCCCAGCCCCCACCAAGCCAGCCGCCUCCGCUGCCCCCAUUCGAAGCCCGUGACCCCUCCUCCCUCAAGCUGGACGACCUCGGCUCCAACCAACAACUCCAGGCCCUCGUCAGUCAAGGCUUCACCGUCGACCAUUUGUAG